AUGGGAGUGCUUCAUGCAUCGCAUCGUCAAGUCAUCCUCCCCGUAGGCCUUGCUGGAAUCGCUGGCGUGCUUGUGGCUGCCUAUCUUCGACGUCGCUGCGAGCGGCAUGCGGAAGCAGAGGCUGAGCUUGGCGAUCAGGCAGAGCACGAGCAGUGCGAGCAGUGCGAGAACGACUUGGACUGGCCGCUGUUGGAUGUCUUGGGUUUGAUCUUGAAGGAUCUUGGACUGGAAGCCGCCUGUCGGUGCCGGCUGAUUUGUAAAGGUGCACAAGAGGCAGUCGGGCUGAAAGCCAUGCAGCUUGCGGCUGAAGAUUCCGAUUGGAUAGCUGCACAGCUACAAGAUAGUGGAAUUGCUGUUAGCUUGGCAGCCCUUGCAGCGACUGGUUCGACCAGAUCAGCAGCUUCCGAAGUUGCAAGAGCUAUAGCAUACUCCACCUUUGCCAACUCAGUUCUAGCUUUGUGGUCACCUGAUAACAUGGGACGUCCGCCUCUGGUUGCUGCAGCCUGCUGUAGUCGGCAGAACGGCUGGGGCAGUUCGCUCUUGACUGCCUUGCUUCGAGCCCGAGCCCAGCCGGAGGCUUCAAGUCAAGAUGGCUGGAACGCUUUGAUGUGGUCCUCGCAAUUGGGGAAUUACGAAGACUGCCAGGUACUUCUCAAAGCUCGUGCUUGUCCAAAUGCUGUUUCGGCUGAUGGCACGUCGCCUUUGCUUUGCGCUGUGCGCGCCGACCGUCAGCCACUUGCCAUUGUGCAGCUGCUUCUGGGUUGCUGUUAA